AAGUACAGGAGGCGCCAUAUCCAAACAUGAUGGACUCUGUGUUCAACAAAUUAAAAACAAAAGUAUCAGGUGCCUUACCUGGCAAUCCGUUAACUCGAGAGUAUGAUAUUGAGAAACAAAUUGGUCAAACUGGUCCAGGUUCAUUAUGGAAAUUGUAUUCAGCUAAAAAACGUUCUACUCAUCAAGAAGCCACUAUAUGGAUAAUGGAAAAAAAAUUGUUAGAGUCUUAUCCAAAGUUGCAACGAGAAUCUAUGAUUGAAAUACUUAAAUACGGUGUGUCUACGUUGAUGAGGAUUAAGCAUCCAAAAAUAGUAUCAGUUCUUCAGCCUUUAGAGGAAUCACGUGAAAGUCUUGCUUAUGCAACGGAACCAUUGUUUACUUCACUAAAUAGUGUAUUGACAAGAGACUCUUCAAACACUAGACAGCCAAACGAGUCUAUGGAUUUUUCUUUAUCAGAUACUGAGAUUAAAUAUGGUUUGGUGCAGCUUGCAGAGGCACUGGAUUUUUUACACUCUGAUUGUCAUCGUUUACACUUAAACUUGACUCCUGAAUCAGUAGUAAUCAAUCGUUUUGGUAUUUGGAAACUUGGUGGGUUCGAAUUUUCAAAAGUAGCAGACCAGAACGAAAAAUCAGGACAAUCUCUUGCCAAAAUACCUGUUUGGCAAUCUAAUUUAAUGCCUACUUGUCAAUUGAAUCUUAAUGCUAGUAGCCCUGAGGCGAUCCUUCAGGGUGAAGUGACUGGUGCAAGUGAUAUGUUUUCGCUCGGUCUUUUAAUCUGUGCACUAUUCAAUCGUGGCAAAUCCAUUUUGGAUGUUGGAGAUGAUUAUCACGCUUACAAACGAACGGUUAAACAACUCCCAUCAUUAUUAUCCAGCAAAGGAUUGGAUUUACCGAAUAAUCUGAAAGAAUAUGUCAAAAUGAUGCUGUCAUCAGAUCCACAAAUUCGACCAGAUGCUGUACAAUUUUUAAGAACAACAUAUUUUGAAGACGCAUCAAUGUCAGUUUUACGAAGUGUGGAUAAUAUGUAUCAAUUGGAUAAUUUAUCUAGAUCACAGUUUUAUAAAUCUUUGCCAAAUUCUAUUCAUGCUUUGCCAAAACGUUUAUGUCUGUUUCGUGUUUUUCCACAAAUCGCUGAAGAUUUUUCCAAUCCACAUAUGGUACCAUUUAUUCUGCCAGCUGUUUUACAAAUUUUGGAUUUAGUUACACAAGACGAGUUUAUUCAAUAUAUGCUACCACGUCUUAUUCCUGUAAUGUCAAUGAAAGAACCUAUUCAAAUUAUCUUAAUAUUUUUACAAAAUAUACAUAUAUUAAGUGAGAAAUUCCCAAUCAAAGAGUUUCGUAAUUAUGUUCUACCAAUGUUACAGUUAGCUUUGGAUAUUGACAAUAAGAUGAUACAGGAAUUAUGUCUUAAAUCUUUACCAACUAUUGGAAAAGCAAUGGACUUGACUGUAUUAAGAAAUUCUCUCAUUCCACGAAUACAACGUUUAUGUUUAUCCACAGAAUAUUUAUCUACACGUAUGAAUUGUCUUCUCUGCAUUGGAAAAUUACUAGAUCAUUUAGACAAAUGGAUUGUAAUGGAUGAUAUUCUCCCAUUUUUACAACAAAUUAAAUCACGUGAACCAACUGUUUUGAUAGCUAUACUGGGUAUAUAUCGCUUAGCAUUUAGUCAUGAAAAACUUGGCAUCAGUCGAGAAAAACUAGCUAAUAAAGUAUUGCCUUAUCUUAUCCCAUUAUCCAUUGAAAGCAGUUUAAAUUUAAAGCAAUACAGCGCUUAUGCAUCAUUAAUACGUGAUAUGUGUUCAUAUUUGGAACGUGAACAAUAUGCUAAAUUAGAGCAAUUGCAUGGUGCUGCAACUGAUGAGGACAGCAUGAUAAGAAUUGGUAAUAUCGAUGAAAGUGUCUGGGCCACAUCCAAUUCCUGUUCAGAUUUGGUAAGUUCGUUCUAUAGAAUUUAAACUACAGUCAGUGUUUUGAGUCAAGUGUUUUUUGAAUUUUAGUAUUCUUCACGGACUACGGAUCUCAAGUGUUCGCUAAUAGAUUCAGACUCUACAUCAAUAUGUACUGAUGACCUGAUUCGAGUUCAAAUCUGUUACGACUGGUAUGCAUAAUGUUUGAAAGAUCUUUUUAUAUGAUCUCUACCUGUAUGUGUAGUACUAUACAUGGUAGUGCUUUCAACUUUCAUAUGUAAAAAUACGAUGCCAUUAUUCCAUUCAUAAUAUAAAUAAGCACAUUUUACAUUUCAGUUUAUCAGUAACAAUGUAUGUGAUUCAUGUAGACUCGCUUUGUCUCCAAAACAUGUGAACGGGACAUUCGUAUUUGCUUCAUACUCAUUAGGAUCAGUAUGCGGCUGCAUUCUACGUACAGGUAUAUUGAUAUUGGACUGACUUUGAGUUGUUGAAACAUAGUUUACUUUUUUGUAUGUGACAUGCACUUUGUCCGAAUAAGCAAGAUAAAUAUCAUAAGAUUCGCUGGGUAUUUGUAGAUGACUAUAACGAAUACUGGAAUCUGAUGAUUGCUCAUCAAACAAUUUCCCAAAAACACGGUUUGAUCAUACGUAAUAUUUUUGGCAAGAUGAAAUUCACACAGUUUUUAUCUUCAUUUGACCUCAUUUUCCUAAGGUAAUCAUGAACUUUUAAGCCAACGUCUAGUUCAGCAGCUUUCAUCUUACAUAAAUCCUCAUUUCUACCACCACAUGCAUCAAGCCUUACCCCGAAUUUCGGACUGUUAGACUUGGGGAAUAAAUUCAAAUUUUCCUACUGUGUGAACAUCACUCCUGGGCAUUCUGGUUUCAGGACUGCUUCACAAAUACUUUUUAUAUCAAAUCAUUUGUUAUAGCUUUGAGUGAAGAUUCUCCGGGAUAUAUAUAAGGUAUGAGAUCACCCAAUAUCUACAAUAACAUCUGAAAUGCUAUUAAAAUGUGACUCAUUUAAAACAUAUUUCUCACACUAACUAGGAGUGAAUGAAUUGCGAGGAUAAAUAACAUUUGAUAUGAGACCAUCAAAACUAUAAUUAGAUUUGAAACUAUUGAGGAUUUGUGUUUCAUAUUGACUAAGGUCUUCACUAGAAACAAGUACAUUGUGAGAACAAGCAACAUUUUUUAUGAUAUCUCCAGAAUUUGAUUCAUUUGAAAUAUUUUUCUCAAAUUCAUUAAGGACUUUAUUAGAAACUAAUGAGUGACUAGGAUAGUCAGCACCUGAUAUGAUACCAUUAGAAAUUUGAUAAGAAAUUGAUUGACUCACAAUGAUUUUGAAUUUCAUUCGACGUAACUGGAUAAUUAGAAUGAGAUGAAUCUGAUAAAAGAACCUUUGAAAAUUGCCUAGAGUUAACCUUAUUAAAGGAUUUGUUGACCUCUUCAAUCACAAAACUAUUCCUUAUUGCAGCAGGAAAUGUACCAGUUAUCUCGGUAAAAUAUAUCUACAGUUUUUAAGUCCAAUUACAGAUUUGAUUAUUUACGCAUAUGUUCCUUCAAUGCACUGAUGAGUAUUAAAUGAGAUUUGAUGAACACAUCUUUACUAAACUGAAGCAUUGAUUGUACUUCUGCGACUGAAAUUGACAUGUUCUUAUACCACUGACCGCAUCGUUUGUUGUAACAGCGACUUGAUAAAUAAAAGCGGAAGUAUAUUUAUAACUGAGGAAACAGGAUUUGGUUUAAAUUGAACUGAAAUCUAAGUUACAAUUGGAACCAGACAGUUAUAUUAAAAACUGAAACUUGUAAAUUGACCCUGUCACAAACUUUUAUAACUGAUCGUCGUUAAUUGUUGUCAGAAUCGCUUAUUAUUUAUACUUGGAAAAAAACGAGAAACCACUGCGAUUCUCACAACACGAAGUAAGAACAAGAAGACUGGUACAAAUGAAGAUUUAUUCGCUAUAAAACACGAUGACAACCCUAGUCGAAGAUACACUCAUUAUUAUAUAUUGGUUUGUACACCUAUUUUGAUUAUUAAUUAGAAUAAAAUCACAUAAAUGAAAAACAAAUAUCCAGAGCUAUAACGAACGAUGUCAUGCUGAGCAUAGUCCAUGUUAAUUAAAUACAAGAAUAUUGUAUCUUAAACAAACAUUACACUCAAGUAUAUUAAUGUUAUACCGAAUAAAUUGUCAAACUGGAAAAAAAAACAAAUACUACACAAAAUAAUUAUCGAAUUGAAUUUAAAGAAAAAACGGAAAUGUUGUACAAAAAUCACAACGAGUAAAAGUAUGAAAGUUUACCUUUUCAAUCCUGUCAUACAAAAACCCAGAACGUUUAAG